GUAGCAAGUUUUCGAGAAGUAUUUAAAGUUUCUAACAAAGAUGUGCUUAGAUGGUUUCCUGGCCACAUGGGAAAAGGAGUGAAACAAAUGGAAAAACAAUUAAAAAAUGUUGACUGUAUAAUUGAAGUGCAUGACUCACGAAUACCAAUAUCAGGUCGUUAUGCAGAUUUUAAAAAAACCUUAUUGGGAUUAAAACCACACAUUUUUGUCCUUAAUAAAAUUGAUUUAGCUGAUAAAACCUACAUGGCCCCAGCCUUAAAUAUAUUACGCAAAGAAGGCAUACAAAAUAUUCUUCAAACUAAUUUAAAAGAUGAAUCAUGCAAAGAGUCAAAAAAAAUUCUACCUUUAAUGCAAAAUUUGAUUGCUAAUUCUGAUCGAUUCAAUCGUUCUGAAGAAAAAGAUUAUAGUGUUAUGGUUAUAGGAGUUCCUAAUGUAGGUAAAUCCUCAUUGAUUAAUAGAUUACGAAGUACACACUUACGAAAAUCUAAAGCAGCUGCAGUUGGAGGAGUAGCAGGUAUCACUAGAUCUGUGAUGACUAAAAUUAAAAUAUCUGAAGAUCCUCUAGUAUAUUUAUUAGACACACCAGGAAUUUUACCACCAAAUGUUAAAGAUGCUAUCACUGGCUUUAAACUUGCACUAGUAGGUUGCUCUCAAGAUCAUCUAGUUGGUCCUGAAGUAAUUGCUGAUUAUUUAUUGUUUUGGUUAAAUAAAAACAAAAGAUUUGAAUACGUGGAAAAAUUACAAUUGAAAGAACCAACUGAUGAUAUUAUGGAAGUUCUGAUACAACUAGCUGUUAAAGAAAAGAAAGUUCUGAAGAGAAAAGAUGUUACUUUAGGGCGAAUUGUUGCAAGACCAGAUUUUAAUUCUGCUGCUCUUUCUUUUAUCAGAGCUUUUAGAAGUGGUGAAUUAGGUCUAUACUGCUUGGACAGAGAUAUUUUAACAUCGGAUGAUGAUUAAAUUUUUGAAUACGUUACUGAAAAAUAAUAAAUCUUGAGGCCAUUAUGAUAUACUUCUUAAAAAAAUUGUAGACUUUAUAUCUAUGAUAAGAAUAUAUGAUAUCUAUGAUAAACUGUCUAUGAUUGAUGUCUAUGAUAAACCAUGUCUCACACAAACAGAUCUCCAUGUAAUAUAUGUAAAUAAAUUCAAAAUUUAACUAGAAAAAAUUUUUC